UGAUUUUGAAAAAAAAAAAAAUAUAAUAUAUAAACAGCAGCAAAAGCAGAAGCAGAAGUAGCUGUAGCAGCGGCACAGCCGGCGGUUGCAAUAUGCUUUCGCUGGCGAUAUGACACUACUGUCGAGCAUCCUCGACUCAGGCGGCAGCAUUUCCGCUCAGCGCUUCACCCGCCUGCUGCGCCAGUCCAGCACAUCCUCAUCCUCAUCCGUCUCGGCAUCCGCAUCUAUGCUGGAGCCCACAUCCUCGCAGCUUCCCAAUAAUGAUGUCCUUGGCGGCGGACGUAUUCCCUUCCUGCCUGGCAAUGCGACCGGCGAAUCGUCGUCGUCUUCGUCGCCGCCGCUGCCGUCGCCGUCGUUGCCAGACGCCGAUGCACUGGAUCCAAACUUCGUCCUCGACGGGGUCACCAGUGUGGCCAAAAUGGCCCUGGAGGCGACAGUAAAGGUGCUACGCGAUCCGGAUCCGGAACAGAUUUUGGCCAAUGCCAAUGCCAGCGCUCCAUGGAAUAUAACGCUGGCAGCGGCGGCGGCCACCAACUAUGAAAACUGUUCGGCGCUGUUUGCCAAUUACACCCUGCCACAGACAGGCCUUUACUGCAACUGGACCUGGGACACAUUGCUCUGCUGGCCACCAACUCCGGCCGGAGUCCUGGCCCGGAUGAACUGUCCGGGCGGCUAUCACGGCGUUGAUACGCGCAAGUUCGCCAAUCGAAAAUGCGAGCUGGACGGCCGUUGGGGCAGCAGGCCAAAUGCCACGGAAACGAAUGCCACGGGCUGGACGGACUAUGGGCCAUGCUACAAGCCCGAGGUCAUCCGAUUGAUGCAGCAGAUGGGCAGUCGAGAGGAUUUGGAUCUCUAUAUAGAGAUAGCCAAGAGGACGAGGACCCUGGAGAUUGUCGGCCUUUGCCUGUCGCUCUUCGCUUUGAUUGUCUCCCUGCUGAUUUUUUGCACCUUUCGAUCGUUGCGGAACAAUCGCACCAAAAUCCAUAAGAAUCUAUUCAUCGCCAUGGUGCUGCAGGUGAUCAUCCGGCUGACCCUGUAUCUGGAUCAGUUCCGAAGGGGCAACAAGGAGGCGGCCACCAAUACGAGUCUGUCGGUGAUUGAAAAUACGCCCUAUUUGUGUGAAGCAUCUUAUGUCCUAUUGGAAUACGCUCGCACCGCCAUGUUCAUGUGGAUGUUCAUCGAGGGCCUCUAUUUGCACAACAUGGUUACAGUGGCCGUUUUCCAGGGUAGCUUUCCAUUAAAGUUCUUCUCGCGCCUCGGCUGGUGUGUUCCCAUACUAAUGACCACUGUGUGGGCCCGAUGCACAGUGAUCUACAUGGACACAUCCCUGGGUGAUUGCCUUUGGAAUUAUAAUCUUACGCCGUAUUAUUGGAUACUAGAGGGACCGAGGCUGGCAGUGAUACUGCUCAACUUCUGUUUCCUGGUGAACAUCAUACGAGUGCUGGUGAUGAAGUUGAGGCAGUCUCAGGCCAGCGAUAUCGAGCAGACCCGCAAGGCUGUAAGGGCGGCCAUCGUCCUGCUUCCACUUUUAGGCAUUACCAAUAUCCUGCACCAGCUGGCGCCCUUAAAGACGGCCACAAACUUUGCCGUGUGGUCAUACUCCACCUACUUUCUCACCUCGUUCCAGGGCUUCUUCAUAGCCCUCAUCUAUUGCUUUCUGAAUGGAGAGGUCCGUGCGGUUCUCCUCAAGAGUCUGGCCACCCAGCUAUCCGUUCGUGGCCAUCCGGAAUGGGCCCCAAAGCGGGCCUCCAUGUACUCGGGUGCCUAUAACACGGCACCCGAUACGGAUGCUGUGCUGCAGCAGCAACAGCAGCCGGGCGAGAAUCCGGCCACUGGGAAGAGAAUAUCACCUCCUAAUAAGCGGCUAAAUGGACGAAAGGCCAGCAGUGCUAGCAUUGUGAUGAUCCAUGAGCCGCAGCAGCGCCAGCGACUGAUUCCGCGGCUUCGGAGCAGAACGCGGGAAAAGGACAAGAGCCUGGACAAGGAUCGAGAGAAAAGGACACAGCACGAGGCGGUUUCGGAACCCAUCAAUAAUGUGACAACAACAAAGGCUAAUCGCAUUCGGAGCAAGGAUGAAGACUCUAGCAACGGCCGAGGAGGAGGAGGCUCCAAGUGGAUGAUGGGCAUCUGCUUCCGGGGUCAAAAGGACAAAUGUGUGAUGUCCGGUGGCCAAAAGCCUCAGCAAAUAUUUAUGACGUCACAAUUGCCACCGACAUCGACGCUGGCAGCAGUAGCAACAACAACAAUAACCACAACAGGAAGUGCAACAAGUGCAACCGCAGCCGCAGCAGCUAAAGCAACCGCAAUUGCAACAAAAACGAAGUCAAAAGCCAAGGCUAAGGCCAAGGCCAUCACUAAGAAUCAUGCCAAGCCCAAAGCUUAAAGCACUUUGAUUUCUAAACAAAAAAAAAUAAAAAGAUCGAUAAAAGAUCGAUUAUUAGCUCACUCUUUGAAAGAGCGACGCCAAGCUUAGCAUUCGAGGGCGCAACUGUACUAAACUAAACAAAAGCUGAAAGUGUGCCCGUUUUUUUUUUUUGUAAUAACGAUAAAUAGAAAUGUAUAUGGAAUAUACCUAAUAUUUUUGUAUAUUUACCACCAUUACAUUACAUAAA